AUGAGUACAAUUAAAGAAGAAUCAAUACCUUUAUCAGAAUCUGUUUCAUUCUUUCAGAAACAAACACAUAAAUCUGAAAAUAAGGUUUGUUUUGAUUGUCAAUCUAAAAAUCCACAAUGGGCAUCAAUUCCUUUUGGUAUUUAUAUUUGUGUUGACUGUGCAUCAAGUCAUAGAUUACUUGGAACACAUAUAACUUUUGUAAGAUCAAUAACAAUAGAUUCAUGGAAACCUUCACAACUUAGAAUAAUGAAAUGUGGUGGUAACUUGAAUGCAAGAAUCUACUUUUCAGAGCAUGGCAUUGCCAAUGAGAAAAUUGAUCAAAAAUAUAUCUCAAACAGUGCAAUCAACUAUAGAAAGUUAUUAGAAACAAAAGCUGCUAAAUUAUUAAAUGAAACAAAUGAAUCAAUAUCUUCAGUAACAUCAACACCAAAUCAAUCUUCACCAUUAGAGGCAAACGCAACAACAGCAGUAGCGACACUAAAUAAAUCAGGACCAUCUCCAAACUUGACAAAUAAAUCAAAUCCUUCACCAUUAUCAAUUUCCAAUUCAUCACCGUUACUUGUUGAUACAUCAAGCAACAGCCAAGAAUCAACACCAAAGCAACAGACAGUUGUGGUUGCUGAUGACAGUGAAUGGGAUGAUUUCGAUAAGAAGGUUAGUAUUACAAGAUCAUCAAAGAAACCGGUUGUCGCAAAGACCUCCACCACCAAGCGUAUCAGCAAACAGUCAUUUGACGACGAUUGGGAUUCAAUCCCAGAGACCUCUACAAACAAAUCGUCAUCUACAAACAAGAAUGUUCAAACGGAUAAAUCACCUACCAAUCAAUCACCAGAACUCCGAUCAAACAAACAACAGUACUCUUCAAUAUUUGAUGUUGAAGAAACUAUUCAGGAACCAUUAUAUAAUCAAAAGAAAAAUAAAAAUACAUCAUCGACAACAAGAGAUAAUUAUAAUAAUGAUAGAGAUUUUGAAUUCCAUGAUAGUGGAAAGUCAGUAAAGUCUAAAGAGUCAAACGAUCGUAAUGAUUCUAGUGACUAUGCAAGAAAGAAUUUUUCCAAUGCCAAGUCUAUUUCAUCGCAACAGUAUUUCGGAGAUGAUAAAGACACCAAAUUUGAUCCAGAGAAACAAGCAAGACUAUCUGCAUUUCAAGGUGCAACAUCUAUUUCAAGUGCUCAAUAUUAUAAUAGAGAUGAAUCACCAAAGUUAUCAGAUAUGAGAGCAUCUGAUAUAGCAGAUAAAUUGAUGUAUCUUGCUAAAACAGAUAUACGUUCACUAUCAAAUGCAGUUAUGGAUGGAAGUAAAAAACUAACAAACAUGGCAUCCAAUGCUUAUCAAGAUUUCCAAGAACGUUACAGAUAA